GCAAGUUGCCGAGUGUUAGUAGGUACCUGGCGUUCGCGCUACAGAAAAGGUGCUUGGUUAUCUUUUAUACGUGAAAAUUUGAUAGUAACGAUGUACUUGUUACACAUUUGUAAAUAGUUCGACAUAUUCUAUAGUGAUUUACGAAUAAAACGCCUUAAAACUUGAUAAAACUAUUAACGGAAGAAUCGGAUUGUUAUUCUGUGACGUCUUCUAGCACGUAUCUGAUAUACUAGGUCUUCUAAUUUGUUUAUAACGGAAGAGGAACUAAAUAUAAUGUACCUGAAGUUUCUUUUAGAUGAACAGCCAAAAAAAGGGAAAGGUGUUACCGGAAGAUGUGAAGAGGUGGUAGUGGCCAUGGAGGAGGAGGAGGAGCGCGGCCCUGAAGAAGGCUUCCUGCUCGUGCGCAUCCAUGUGCCAGAGCUCAAUGUACAAAAGUGCCUGCAAUUCCCUCGGGACCAACUCGUUUGGGACGUAAAGCAGCAAUGUCUAGCCGCGCUACCGAAGGAGCUUAAAGAAAGUUUCAAUUACGGCCUGUUUUCACCGCCAGAAAAUGGAAGAGCGGGAAAAUUCCUGGACGAGGAAAGACGUUUGGGAGAUUACCCUUUCAACAGUCAUGUGGGCUACCUUGAGUUAAAAUACAAGCGGCGUGUUUACAAGAUGCUCAGUGUUGAUGAGAAGCAAUUGAAGAGCCUACACACACGAGCGAAUUUAAAACGAUUUCUUGACUAUGUCACCAACGGACAGGUCGAGAAGAUUACUAAAAUGUGCUCGAAGGGCCUUGAUCCAAAUUUUCACUGCCAGGAAUCAGGGGAAACUCCGUUGACUAUUGCCACUAAAACCAAGAAACCCGCUAAAGUCCUAAUAGCAUUAGUGAACGGUGGUGCAUUGCUCGACUACAGGACAAAAGACGGUUCAACAGCAAUGCAUCGUUCUAUCGAACACAAAAAUCUAGAAGCAAUGAAAACAUUACUGGAACUUGGCGCGUCGCCCAACUACAAAGAUGGAAAAGGACUGACCCCACUUUACCUGACCAUCACUCAGAACUGUGAAUCUCAAUAUACGGAAACGCUUCUUCACGAUCACGCAACUAUCGGCGCUCAGGAUCUACAAGGGUGGCAGGAAGUCCAUCAGGCUUGCAGGACAGGCCUGUCGCAGCACCUGGAACAAUUAUUGUUUUACGGGGCGAACAUGAACGCCAGGAAUGCUUCUGGGAACACGCCGUUGCACAUUUGUGCGGUAUUCAAUCAAGAAUCGUGUGCCAGACAAUUGCUAUUCCGGGGUGCCGAUAGGCAAGCCCUAAAUUAUGCCAAUCAGACUCCCUAUCAAGUGGCUGUUAUAGCAGGAAACAUGGAACUGGCCGAGAUCAUACAGAAUUUCCGAAACGAAGAUGUCGUACCAUUUCGAGGCCCUCCAAAGUAUAAUCCGAAGCGUCGAUCGGCAAUAGGUUGGUUAAAUCGGGCUCCUUCAAUGAGCUGUUUAAUGCUGCCCCCUUCCCCAUGUCCUAGUGACCGAUCCUCGGCUCCUUACAGCUCAGCAAGUUCUAGCGUUAGCGAAGGAAGCGCAGCUCCAGGCCAUGAAACCGAUACGGCUAGUAUCGUUACAGUGCUUGCACUGGGCGUUACAGAGAAGAGUUUGGGAGAUACAAGUGAUAUAGUCAGUGAUAGUUCCGGUGUUGGUACCGCCAAUUCAGAUACCACCAACGGAAGUGUUUCGCUUCCUGGAACAACUGUAGUAUGUACCGAAAGUUAUACUUCGAAACUCGAUGGUCAUCUUAAUAUUCGAGAAGGCGACAUCAUCGAAGUUACUGGUGCGACCGACGAUGGCUAUUUGGAAGGGACGAUUAAAACUGGAGGUUGUAAAAGUGGCCUGUUUCCCUCUCACUGUGUACAGGAAGUGCGGUUACGACAUCAUAAUAUUCAGGCCCCCAUGAUGAUCGCUCUGGAUUCCCGAAUGCCUGGCAGACCUGGAAGCGGAAGGGUAGCUGGCAGGAGGGAAUGUACAAGCAGCACAAAUGCAGCCAAACAAUUUGCAACUGCGCCAAGGUUAAAAAGAACGUACGUCGGGUUUUCGGUCGAACCAAGGACGGUGGUACUGCACAGAGGGCGUAAGGGGUUCGGAUUUAUUUUAAGAGGCGCAAAGGCUACGUCUCCUCUAAUGGAGCUGACUCCUUCUGAAAAAUGUCCCGCUCUCCAAUACCUGGAUGAUGUAGAUCCCGGCGGAGUUGCUGACAGGGCCGGCCUCAAGAAAGGCGAUUUUCUACUGGAAAUCAACAACGAAGAUGUUUCAUCUGCUUCUCACGAACACGUGGUGGAUUUAAUAAGGAAGUCGGGAGACUUGGUUUCGAUGACGGUAGUAUCUUUGGGACCUCCAGUCUUACCUGGUUCUCUACCCAUGAGCAAAUCUACGGCAGGAUUUCCUGGAGGCAACACGGAACAUAUAAACAAACGACAAUGUGCUACGUUACCAAGAAAAUCUAAUUAUCAAUCAAGCGGAGUUGCUACCAUUGGACGGUCGAUUCAAGCCCCCUUGCCUCCACGAAGAGAUCCAAAAACUACCCUCAGUGUUGGUAGGGCGAGAGCAAAGAGUUUGGUUGCUGGAUUGGAAGCAGGAGGAGAAAAAGAGGCUGACGAUUUAACGAAAUCAAGUUCCGCAGAAUCGGUUCACCAACAGGUCAUGAAUAUUUCAGCCCAAGCAAGAACCGCGUCGAUUCGUCAGAGGCCAAUUUCGAACCGAAUUACAACUCUAGAACUCGAAGAACUGUUCCAAAGACAAAAAGGCGAAACUGGAAACAAACAGGGUAUGAUGGGCACAUCAAAUUUCCAAAGCGGUUACAACACCUUAAGUCAUCCUGGAUCACCAGCCAAAUCAUCUGGUCGGGUUUAUGCCAGCGUAGCGGAAAUGAAACGAAGCAAAAAUAAAAAUGUUAAAGUUCGUUUUCAAAAUAUGUUCAGCGAAGGACCAGAAUUGCGAAGAAAUUUCCACAGUACACCUGAUCUAGCAAACCAAGAAGCGUACAACGAAGUAUUAAUAAAACACCAUCGUAGUCAAGAUGAUGUCGAUUUGAUUGGUGUGAAUCGCAAUCAGAAGCCACCCCCCACACAUCCUCCGCCACCACCGCCGGUAGGCCAGGUCAUAAAAGUCGAUAUUUCUAAAACGAUAAAAUCGGAAUAUGGCAAUUUGAAUAACAAAGAUAUUUCCGAAGAAGGUAUUGUCUCGUCCUUCAAACCAACAGCAAGUGCUAAACUUUACGCGUCCCCGGAAGACAUGAAAACAGUCGGUUAUCGAUCAAGAAGUGUAUCAUCUCAAAUCGCCAAGAACCAGCUGAGGAAAUCUCACAGUAUGAAGUCAAACAUCAACACUAAGGCUGUAGCAGGUGCAGUCUCUUCUUCAAGAAACAUGAAUCCAUAUGCUCAACCAAUUAGAGCGUCUAGGUCACACUCUACUGUAGGAACAACUAAAGAAAGGAAGAAACGGGUGUUUUUAAAGGAUCCUUCGAAUAAUUCUUUAAUUUUAAACAAGAGUCCUCCUCCUAUACCUGAACCGGACUACAGUUGCAGUGGAUCUGAAAACGAAAGUGGAGAUGAACAAAAGGCGCAUGGAAAGUUUCCAUCGAGGUUACCCACUGUUCAUCUUCAGCCAGUUGAAAACAGCGGCAACAGUAAUGCAAGUGGAAGUAGUUCCAGCGGAAGCGCUUCGAUGCCGCACAGUAUUAGUGUUGAAGAAAUACAAAGAGGACGAAUUAUGUUGAAGUCAUCUAAAUCCUAUCCCGAUGAUUUUCUGAAAAAGAUGAAAGAUAUCGAUCCUUCCAAUGAAGAUGCCGAUAACAGUUCUUCGGGAGUGAGCUCGGAUCAGGAAUUACCUCCUGGACCGUCGCUAGAAUUUGGAGAAGGAUUGUCGCAUGAGCAUCCCGGCCCAGAAUUAUCGACCAAAUUACAAAGGCACCAAACAGGUCUAUCUAGGAACGCAGUUAGUUUAUCUCGAUUACCACCCCCUUUAGAACAAGAUCCAGAGGAGAAAGAAGAAUUCCGCCUUCCACCACCCCCCGAAUUCGACGAAGCGGCAGCAGUCAUGGCUUCCGCGUCUGCAUCAGAAGCCGUCUUGGAGCCACCCCCGCAAUUUAGUGAUAACAGGCAAGUGACAAGGGUCAGAAUAGUCGGUGCAGUUCCCAAAGCAAAUUCUCCCCCAAUAAAUACGCCGCCGAAAUUCAAACAAGGGAGGUUGCACAGUCAGUGAUAAAAACUUAGUAAGUAAUACUAAUUAACUCAAUGUAGAUUUAGUGUUUUCUACUGCUAACGUAAACCGUUUCACUAUUUUCGUGAGAAAAUUAUAUGCUUCUAAGGCACGACACACUGAUUAAAAAAUUUGAUGUAGUAUUUUGUAUCAGGUAAACUUUUUCAAUAAUACAAUCCGCUAAUUAGAAGAAACUGUAAUAACUUACCGUAGUUAGUCUAGAAAAUUAAAAAUAAACCGAGGUCAUUUCUAUAAGUUCCUUCACGCUUAGUGUCUAUUAAUUUAAGUGUUACACCCUGGAGAAAUAAGAAUAGAACUCGCAAGGGGUCGUGCUAGCGUGAUGCCAGGAAAGAGAGAGAGAAAGAACACUGCAGAGAGGCUCAUUGUUACUGUCUUUACUUUUGUAACUUACAUGAAGAAUAAUAAGACAAGAGAAUAAGAGAUAUAACAUUUUUAAUGUUGUUGUUUAAUGUACGGUACGAGUCGUAAGAGCGUCACCAAAUUGUGCCCAGUCGUCCGCUGCGCAGGAAAUUACUGCGCAACUAAUUUACAAGUGGGCCAAGAGGUUCUGCAUUUAACACUCAUAAUAUCCAAAUUGUUCCGAUGUUGCUAACCGCUCAGUAGACAAUUGUACGAGGGAUGUUUUCAAAGUUCUGGGAAUUUAGCUAUAAUUUUUAUUAUUUUAAGCCGUCCUCAAAAAACAUUUUCGGUGUCUCUUCAAUUCACCUAUUUAUGACACGUUUUACGUCAGUUAAACUUUAAAGUCGAACACCUCGUAAGGGUUUUUUCAAAUCUGAGUAAAGAUGAUAAACACUGGGUGCAAGAACCGAUCGAUCCACCGAUAAACAGUAAUUUUGGAUUCUGUAUUAGACUCACCAAAUACUCCUUGCAACGCUGAAUAAUUUCUGACGUUUUUCUUUCCACAAAAAGAAAAUUAUUGCGCGUCUUCCAUGAAUACAAAAACAGUGUUAUGAAAACGCGUUUAUAUAUCAGUCGAACAUCUAAAUCAGACUAAACAAUAUUGCACGAGAUAUUUGCAUAAACAUGCCAAGACUUGUCUGGCACCAAUAACAUUACCUGUAAGUUCCUAGAACUUUGAAAGCAUCAUCAGUAAUGACCCUUUUAAGUCCCAUUUACUUUGGUUUAAGUUAUUUCUCUUAUACCUAGUCUUCCUGAUAUAUUGUCUUACUAGAGGAGCAUAUCAAUAGAGAACUUCUACGUAGCGUUCUCUCCCAUUCUCCUGGUAUCAAAUUACAAAGUUAAAUAGCGCUGACGCACUCUAUUCUUAUAUCUCUAUGAUUCCGAUGAUUUUUUACUAUGGCAUUUUUAUUUGGCAUACCGAAAUAUCUCUAAAUGGAAUAUUUAUUAUUUAUGUAAGAUUUAUGCAAAAUGCUUACUUUACUCCAACUACUAUAUGAAUUUUUUGUUUGGUGUAAUAAAAUUUGCGCAAUCCGUCACAAAAUAGUAUAAAAUAUAAUAGUUUCCUGCCAAAAGUAAGUCCUGCAAUAAUUAUAGUCUUUUAAAAUAUGUAAUAGGCGAAAUUUUAAAACUUAAUUACAAAUUUUUCAUCUAUAAAUAUAACAAAAACAGGUAGCAAUUCCUAAUUUUUCGUGUUUUUUAACCACCAAACAUUUUUUUAAAUAUUUAAAUACUCUCAUACAGUAACUUUUGUUUAAAAAUUUUAGUUUCUUCGAAAAUAUAAUAGCACCUAACUAUUUCACUAUUUUCAAGUUAAUAAAUAUAGAUAUUUUGAUAAAAAUAAUAUUUUCUCGAGUCAUAAAGAUGCAAUCGUUUUCCUUUAAAAUUUCGAUAUUCAAUAUGCUCAAAUAUUUAUGAAAAUAACUUACAUAUGUACAAGUAUGUGUAUAUAUUUAUAAGUAGGCUCUUUGCAAUUUUAGCAAGGUAAAACGAAUAAGCUAAACAGUUUUUGUAUGACACUUUUUUGUACGCCAACUGUUUAAUUAAAAUUUCGUUGCGACCAAACUUUACUUUUGGUAGCUACGAAACAAAAUUGGUACUGGUUAGAGUUUAUACAUUUUAUAAAAUACGAAAUACGGUUAGGUAUUAAUAGAUAAGAUGAUUCAGAAGUAUUUGAUUUCGUUUAAAUUAAGGCUGCACAUCAGAAUCUCAUAUAAUAUUAGCAACCAAAUUUAAAUAACUAGUGCGUGAAUUAGCCGUGUUUAUCUAUGUAUAUAUAAUAUAAAUAAUUUACUUGGGGUUGACAAAGUUAAUUAAUUUUGCUAUAAAUAAAAACUAGAAGGGCUUUUUAAAAUAUAAAUCAGCACUCGCGUUUAAAUGUUAACUUUGUAUUUACUCGAAAUUGCACAAAGUUGUUUUUAGUUGAGAAACGUUGAUAAUAAAUUUCGUAAAGGCUUUCGCGGUUGAUAAGUGACUUGAUGAUGUCCUGAUCGUCGCCGAUUGGAAUUGCUUCCUAACGUUUCGCUAGAACGAGUGGCCACCUUCUUCAGAAGCUUUUCCUCCUCUGAUACUGGAUAUGGAUACGGAAGGACCUCCGAAGAAAGUCACCACUCGUGCUAGCGAAACGUUAGGAAGCAAUUCUAACCGACCAUGAAUUUUAGACCUAGAUCAUUUUCAAGGAGUAGUUAAAAGAAAUAAUGAUAACUAAAGAGUAAUUCUUGUAACUAUACUUCUUGAAAAUGGUCUAUUCGUUCAAACAUACUAAAAAUUUAACAACAAAUUCAGUUGUUUUUCUUGAUUAAUAAAAAUGUUUCGCAAACAGUGCACCAUUGAAAGUUUAAAUGGUAUUCGUAAUUAUGAUUUUCUUGAAGUAAGCCUCAAGUAAUUACGUUAUUUCAUUAUCAGAGAAAUACAAAUUUUCUGAUUCAUCUUUAAACUUCAGUAUUGUUGUAUAUGUUAUGCCAUAACUUCUUAAUUGUACCUUAUUAAUAUUAUUAUUACUGUCUAAUAUAGUUAAUAAUAAAACUGUUUGUGAUGUCAAUUAGGUGAAGCAUUUAUUUAAUUGCACUUUUUGUAAAUAGAACUACCUACUUGAAACGGCGUCUUUUCAAUGUGUAUAUUUUUUAUGAGACAAAACAGAAUUUGUAAAACAUUAUUUAUUUUACUAAUUGUUAUUUAAGAGAUAAAUACCACUUUUCAAACUUUUAGUAUUAAGUACUCAACGUUAACUUUUCGUCGAUAAACUAUUUUUUCCUCUUUUGUACAUAUUGUGUUUAACACUAUAAAUAUU